GGGGGGGGGGGGGGGUAAAUGUGGUUAUCCCCGCUUUGAUCCACACAGCUUCAGGAGGCUCUGAGGAUGGGAGCUCUGAUGAAAAAUGACCACGUGUCCAUGAGUGGAGGUCAGGACGGGUAGUGCAGAGACAGACUGCACUCAUCCUGAGAAACAGGCAGCAGCAGGAAUGGCCUGUGUGCUCAGCUGAUCAGAGGCCACAGCUAUGGAGAAAAUCAAGGUUCCUGCUGGACGAUGCACCACGGCCACCUGUGGAUGGAGAUACCUGCUUCUGCCUCAGGUCAACCGCCAGUCCCUGUACCUCUACGGCAGCGAGGUGGCCGUGGAGAAGGAGUGCGUCCGGCAGCUAGAAAGCGGAGUCUUUGUCAUUCACCCAUUCAGCCUCAUGAGGAGUUACUACAUUAUGUGCAUGAUGGCGAUUACCUUUCUGAACCUGAUCGGGAUUCCUAUGGAGAUAGCGUUCUUGGAUGGGACCAGCGGUCUGGCAUGGGAAGGUUUUAAUGUCUUUUCAGACACCCUCUUCCUGAUAGAUGUGGCUCUGAAUUUUCGGAUGGGCAUCAUAGCAGAGGACAGUGAGGAAGCUAUUCUGGACAUCAAACAGAUCCGGCUGAGUUAUCUGAGGACGUGGUUCAUACCGGACAUCAUCGCCGCUUUCCCAAUCGGCUACAUACUCUUGUUUGCGGACUUACAGUACCACAAUGAUGACAACCCGUCCAAGACCAACAAAAUGAUGAGAAUACUGAUGUUCGUGCGGAUCCUCAGUUUGAUCAGGCUGGCUCGAGUGUCCAGACUGGUCAGAUUCUUCAACGAAGUGGAGAAAGUUUCAAAUUCAAACUUGGAGGUGGUCCGUCUGUUCUUCCGCAUCUUGUCUCUCUUCAUGAUGAUUUUCCUUCUGUGCCACUGGAAUGGCUGCAUCCAGUAUUUUGUCCCCAUGCUGGAGGAGUUUCCUUCUGACUGCUGGGUCCGGAAAGAGAAUCUGAUGAAUGCCACAGUGAUUGUCAAGUACUCUUGGGGAGUAUUCCGUGCUCUCUCCCAGAUGAUUGCUCUGUCCUAUGGAUCCAUGGAUGCUCCAACAAACUAUGUUGAAAUGUGGAUUGUGAUGGUUAGCAUGGUGUCCGGCUGUAUGAUGUACACUGUGUUGGUUGCCAACGCGACAGCCAUGAUAGCCAACCUCGACCCAGCAGCCAAGGAGUACAAGAGCAAGAUGAGCCGUUUGGAGCACUACAUGACAUUCAUGAAGCUUCCACCAGAACUACAGCUUCGUAUCAGCAACUACUACGUGGCCCGCUAUGGUGGGAAGUGGUUUGAUGACAAGGACGUCAUGGAAACAGUCUCCUCGGCGCUCAAAGAGCAAAUUCUGAUGGUGAUGUGCAGCAGGCUGGUGAAAAAUGUCCCGAUGUUCAAGGAUAGAGAUGAAAGCCUGAUCAACAGCGUUCUCCUUAAACUGGAGUACGAGAUUUUCCAGGAGGGUGACAUCAUCGUCCGACAGAAUGUACCGGGCGACCGCAUGUUCUUCAUCGAACACGGCCAGGUUAUUGUGGAGUCUGAUUCCUACGAGAGGGAACUUUGUGACGGAGACUAUUUUGGAGAGACGUGUGUGUUGACCAAAGGCAAACAUCUGGCCACAGUGAAGGCGCUGACCGACUGCCAGUGCUUCUCUCUGUCCUGGCAUGACUUUCACAAGGUGCUGGAGGGGUUUCCAGAUGUCAGGAAGGACUUAGAGAAAAGGAGUCAAGUCAACUCCGAUGGUGGAUUUGUGUGAGAUCAUGGAUGGACAUUGGAUAUUUUCACAAUAAUCCACAUGCUGGAGCAUAUGACUGUGAAUAAUGGAUACGUAAGAAGAUUGAAGCAAUAAGACCUUCAGAAUUAUUCUUCUGAUGCACCAGUUAUUACCAGCUAACCUCAAUAGUGAAGACAGGUCCAACAUUCAAACACAG